CGAAUAUUGCUAUAGUUGCAACUUACACGACCACGAGGAACGCUGUCAGUCCAUCCGCAAAAAAGCGAUGUGGUGGAUCUAAUUAGCUACCGCCAAUAGUUCCUCUUGUAAUAACGAAGGCUUAUUUAGAUCUUCAGUAACAGGAGUCUAUUCUGUCUUAUUUUCUGAAAUUGCUUUACAGUGUUAUAAUUUGACAAAAUUGUUAUUUAAAGCUGACAUUGACAGAUUAGUUUAUUUCUUUAUUGUAGUUGUAUCAUGAUGUGCUGUUAACAUCAGACACUUCACUUCAGACACUUUUUAAUUCUGGAAAUAACUUUACAUGUUUCGCCAGUAGGCUAUUUAGUGACAACAUAAAUGUUAAGCGCAGAAUGCCCAGGUGUAGCUCCUCCUUGGUUAUCGAGAAUGUAAAUUCAUCAUUCAUCAUCUUUUAUGAUUGUGACGUCACAUGCGUUUGUCGUUGGAACAGACGUGAGAUGCUGCGCUGACUUCGCGUGCCAGGCUAGAUAGAGGACUCCAGCUUGUAGGCUGACUGCAGUUGACCGACUAUCCUGACUAACAUUCAAGGAAAAAUGGACAGUUGCACUCAGACUGAUGAACUUGAUCUACAAGACUGUGAGUACUGCCUCACUGAAGAUGGUUCUGAGUCAGAGGCUUCUCUCAGAGAGACUGAAUAUCCGCUUAAUUACAUGGACUCCAGGAUUGCCACAUUGGAGUCCUCAGACAGAAGACACUCUACCAGACCCGACUCAGCCAGACCCAAGAGCCCAUGGGGUGUACACGAUCCAUAUAUAUCCAUGGAGGAGCUAGGGAAGUCCUUUGUGGGCUUUGCCUCGCUGCCUCACCAAAUUCACAGGAAGAACGUGAAAAAAGGCUUCGAUUUCACACUGAUGGUAGUAGGGGAAUCUGGCCUAGGGAAGUCCACCCUGAUCAACAGCCUGUUUCUCACAGGGCUGUACAGUGACAGGAUUUUGCCCAACACCUCAGGUAGAUCAGUUGGACUGCAUGUUUUAUCCAUUGGAGGGCAUAUUAGAUGCCAUGUCUGCUUGUAA